AUGUUUGAACAAAAAAAUAUGAAGGAGGCUCGAAGUGGUAAAAUAAAAAUUGUUGAUUCUUCUCCAGAAUGUUUUAAAGCAAUGCUGGAAUAUUUUUAUAGUGGAGAAAUUGAUAAAAGUAUUUUUUUAUUAAGUCGUACCUAACUUAUAGAUAAGGACGUGGAAUUGAAAAAGUAUUUGAAAAUUAGGGGUAUCCACCGUUGGGGGAGUGGGUGGGGGGGGGGGCGCAAGAGAAUUUUAAACAACGUAGCAAAAAUCCAAAAUUGGGCACAAUCCAACAUCUUUUCUGAAUGUAUCUCUUAGUCAGUCCCACACACAGUGGCCAACCAAAAUUUU